AUGAGCGCCUUGGGUGCAAGUUUGCGGAGCUUGAAAUGGUGUUUAAAUGAUCAAGUCACGACGACACCAAUAGCUGCUUUCAAUGGCUUGAUUUCGAAACAGUUCCAGCCAAACUUGAAAUUGAGCAACGAGGAACGUCAAUCAUCUGCUGGAGAUCAUUUGCUGUUCUUUAAUUUCCCGCAAAAUGCAGAAUUGAGCCCGGAUGGAUACUUCGAUUACCAAACUCCGAAAUCUAUCCUGAAGAACGAAAACCUUUGGUUCAAAAGACGAAUGUGGGCAUCAGGAACCAUGCAGUUUGUAUCUUCUUUGCAAGUGGAUCGGCACUACCAUUGUCACGAAACUGUGCGUUUCGUGAAACCGCUCAAAAACGACUAUUACGUUGGCAUCAACCGCCAAGUGUUGGACGCUGAAAGUAACUUGCCAGUCGUAAAUGAGCUGCGAACUCUAGUCUAUACACAAAACCUUCCGUCGACUCCGUCGGCGCAAGUCGGCUGGGAAACUCCUGAUUUUGACGAACCCAACAUUCACUCGACGCAACUGACGUUUGAGGAUUGCGAUAUCUUUCGAUACAGUGCGCUUACGUACAAUUCUCACAGAGUGCACUGGGAUCGGGCUUACUGCAGGAACAUAGAGGGCUACAAAGACGUUAUUGUUCAAGGCCCAUACAUGGUACACGCUAUACUCAAAUACAUGCAGUUUGGGCUAGGUUUGAGUGUCAGCGACAUAAAGUACAAGAACACGCAUAAUCUGUAUCCCGGCCAAAAGGUCGAUAUAGACGCCAGUCAAAAGCUCGCUACUCAAUGGGAUGUUGAAAUAAGAGAUACCAAUAGCAGACGGGUUUACUGUAAAGCCAGCGUAGGCGUAAAGUGA